GUUGGUUGAUCCUUUGGUUGGUUGGGUUCGAUAGACCGAUCGAUCGCGCGCAUAUACGCCACGCAUCUCGCCCUCUCGAUACGCGAUAAAGGAGAGACAACACCGUAGCUACCGUCAAAACUGGACGAGACGCGACAAGACGGGACGGGGAAGGGAACGAGAACGAGAAAGAAGAUCCGAUCGAGGUAUACGCGACGGAGAGACUGAUCUACCGAUUUCGGGGCUGUCAGUCUGGUUUCGGGCAACUCCGUUAUUAGCCGAGCCGAUAGAAGCGACGGAAGACAUUCGAGGAGGGUUGCCAGGUAUACUUCGGCCUCACCGUGCGCCUCUCCCACCACCUCUGAUUCGGCGAGAACUAGGCAAGGGUGACACCCACCCCUCGAAAAAAGCCCUUCGGGGGUGCUCCUCGACAGAGUACGCGCUUUGCUAAAACUUGCUAUGUGCGCGACACCGUUCACCGCGGAGAGUAUCGUGUGAUGUUCGUAAUCUGGUGAGUGGAACGUUGGUUGGUUGGUUGGUUGGUUGGUGCAUGGUGUUUCGCCGUUCGUCGAAGAUCGGCCAGAAUCGCGGGAGGGUCUGCACACCCCCAUGAUUGCAUUCGAUCGUCAACAGAAGAUGAGAGUUUGGGUGGUUAUCUGUGCCCUGGUGGUGGCGAUUCACGCGUCCAUCGCCGAAAUGCCAAGGAACAAGAAUCGUGGCAGAGGAUCGAUGUGGUGGGGAAUCGCGAAGGCAGGAGAGCCGAACAAUUUUUUGCCAAUGUCUCCAGCCUCCCUUCACAUGGAUCCCACAGUGUACGCGACCUUGAGGAGAAAGCAACGCAGGUUGGCCAGAGAAAAUCCAGGAGUGCUGAUGGCCGUGGCCAGGGGUGCGAAUCAAGCGAUCGCGGAGUGCCAACAUCAGUUUCGCAAUCGUCGAUGGAAUUGCUCCACCAAGAAUUUCCUCCGUGGGAAAAAUCUCUUUGGCAAGAUCGUGGACAGAGGUUGCCGAGAGACCGCCUUCAUCUACGCCAUCACCAGCGCUGCGGUGACUCACAGUAUCGCGAGAGCGUGCAGCGAAGGCAGCAUCCAGUCCUGUUCCUGCGACUAUACCCACCAAUCGCGACCACCAUCCGCCACGCGCGAUUGGGAAUGGGGUGGUUGUUCGGACAACAUCGGUUACGGUUUCAAAUUCUCCCGUGAAUUCGUGGACACGGGCGAGCGUGGUCGAAAUCUACGCGAAAAGAUGAAUCUUCACAAUAACGAGGCAGGUAGAGCGCACGUGUCCUCGGAGAUGCGGCAGGAAUGCAAGUGUCACGGCAUGUCCGGCUCCUGCACGGUGAAGACCUGCUGGAUGAGGCUACCCAACUUUCGCGUGGUCGGGGACAAUCUGAAGGAUCGAUUCGACGGCGCGUCCAGAGUUAUGGUGAGCAACUCGGAUCGGGUGCGUGGCAAUGGGAACGCGAUCGUGAGCAAUUCGGCGAGCAAUUCGGUGCACGGGCAUCGAGAAGGUCUGGGUCGUCGACACCGGUACAACUUCCAGCUGAAGCCGUACAACCCGGAGCACAAGCCGCCCGGACCGAAGGACCUCGUCUACCUGGAACCCUCGCCCCCGUUCUGCGAGAAGAACCCGAAACUCGGCAUUCUCGGCACCCACGGUAGACAGUGCAACGACACGAGUAUCGGUGUCGACGGCUGCGACCUGAUGUGCUGCGGCAGAGGCUACAAAACGCAAGAGGUGACAGUCGUCGAGAGAUGCGCCUGCACGUUUCACUGGUGCUGCGAGGUCAAGUGUCAGCUCUGCAAAAUUAAGAAGACGAUACACACGUGUCUCUAGGCCAAAACCCACCUCUCCAUCCCCGAUUUUCAUUCUUUCGAAGAGACUACCUCCUUCCUGGCGAAGGACAUAUUUUUCUCUAGUAGUAGUCACUCGCCGCUUCCCGAAAUCAUUCGUCGUCUUCGUCGUUGUCGACGAGACAAGAUGAUCCAUGCGAUUCUACGCACUACGAAGAAG